GAAAGGAUAGUAAAAAAAGAAUCUGAGAUCAUAUUUCUCAAGUCUGAAUUAACAAAUAUAAAGAAUAAAUUAGCAAAUACAAAGAAUAAAUUAAUAAAUACAAAAAAUAAAUUAGCCUUAAAAAUUAAUGAGAUUGAGUAUUUAGGCACUUUACAUUCUGCUUUACAGAAAACAAAGGAUAUAUUAGAUUCUGUAGUUAUAGGAGGUGUAGAAAAAAAUAGCAAAGCAAAGAACAAAGUUUUAUAUCGAAUUUUGAAGAUACAUCUGAAUCUAGACUCUUUGAGCUAUUGCAAAGAGUUUUCAACAGAUGAAAUAUCUAAUAUAAAAAAUAAAACAUUACCAAUUAUCACAAAUAAGCAGAACUCAGAAUUAUUUAUUCAAGAUAUUACAAUAAAAGGAGCAGUAUGUGUUAGUGAGGCUUUAGUUAAUAAUAAUGGUAGUUCUUCUCAAGAUGUUUUCAAAAUUGUUGGUCAGUAUACUGAUGAUGUAAAAAGUGCAUCAAUGGUCAUUAAUAGCUAUCUUCACAAAAAUAAGUUUAUUGUAUUUGAUCUUAAUAGAGCAGAGGACAAUUCAUUUGCAAUCUGGUUAGGGUUUGAUAUCCUAUUAGAUUUGCAGAAAGAAAUAGAGUUACAUCAGAAAU